AUGGCUACUUUUUCGGCUCUGUUAUGUUUAACAGAGGGAAAUUCUAUAGGAUGGAGACUAGGACUUCAAGCUGUGACGGGCCUAGUAUUCGUCACAUUCAUACUUGGAAUCUUUUAUCGACCAGCAUCACUGUAUCAUCCUCAAAGAAGAGCGAUCCUUCACUUAAAAGGAUUACAAAAACGCUCUAAGGCAAAAGAUAAAAGUUCAAAUAAAGAAAGACCACCAUUCUUUGAUUUUGGAGUGCUCAAGUCCAGAACUAUUCAAAUUUUGAUGUGUGGAACUUGUUUCGCUGCCUUUGGUAUUAAUGUACCUAUAUUCCUGUUAAUCUAUCAAGGAGAAAGAGAAGGCAUCGAUAAUCAAUCUCUUCUCGUUCUUCAAGCGUUUAUUGGACUCGCUGUUAUACUGGGAAGUGCCUCUUUUGGGUUCGUUGUUGUUAAAAACAGUGUACAAUGUAUGAUAGCUAGACAAUAUUUAUGCCAAGCUGCUUCUUUUAUGGUUGGAGUCUCGUUAUUGGCAUUCACGGCAUUGGAAGAAUAUAACGGUUAUGUUUUAUUUGUAUGGAUAUAUGGGCUCUUCUAUGGAGGAUAUCAUUACUCGCUAAAGAUGUUCACUUUCGAAAAAGUUCGAGCUAGAAAUUUUGCAAGAGCAUGGGGAUUCGUGCAAUGGUGUCAAGCAUUGCCCAAUGUAAUUGGUAUUCCUUUGACAGGAUACUUGAAUGAAAAAUAUGGCUACAAAACUGGUUAUUAUUUAUCAUCUGCUCUGACACUUUUAGGUAGCAUCACUUUGUUUCUUAUCGACGUACAUAAAUGGAAAGUUCAACAGAGAAAAAUGAGUAUCUUUACAGAUAAUGAUAGAAGAUGCUCAGAUUCAUGUUAUAGCCAUCCUCAAAGUCGAAGAUCAUCGUAUCAAGAUUCAAUGAAUGGAAGCAAUGCCCAAUUAAAACGAUUUAAUCAAAGAAGUUUUACUUUCAGUAAUUAUGGCGACAUCAAAAAACCAGAACUGACAUGUAUAUCUGAAGAAGUAGUAAUGGAUAACAUCCUGGAUGAACUCGAUUGCAUUACUUCAUGCAAUAAGGAAGAGAAAUUUUUAAUGUUGAGUGAAUAUGAAAAUAAUUUGAAUAAGACUCAAGAAGCCCUCGAAAGACGUACAAAACCCAUGAAAAAAGUCAGUGUAAUAACUCCAUUCGAGCAAUGCCCAAACUGCCAACGUCAAAUUGCCAAUCAAGAAGAAUGCAAAGAUACAGUUUUGGUAAGUUCAGUAAGAAGAGGUCCAAGAGCAGUUUGCAGCGUAGAUGUUAUUGAGGAAGUCACUACUUCACUUUAGCCAUGUUAUAAGUAUCUCUUCAAAAGAUGAAAAUUCUUUAUUUUUUUCAAUUCACCAUCUAAAAAAACAAAAAGAAAAAUGCCAUCUAAAGAAAAUAUUACGUCUUCCACGACGUUUUUGAUUUAAUAAUCAAAAGUCUUCCUUAGUUUUGAAGACUUCAAAUCUAGUCCAAGAACUUAUAUAUGUGUGUAUAUAUAUAUAAGACUUUUGUUACUGUAUAGAUUUAUUAGGUAUUUACAUUUUUAGUCUAUGGAUUCUGUUAUUAUUGUGCAUACGUUACGUAUAAAUAUGCUUAACUUUGUAGAAAAAUUCCAGCCACGAGUUGGUUCAGACUGUGAUGUCUUAUUCAAUGGACUCGAAGAAUGUAAAAUAGUCCAUAUGAUUCAUGUUCUAUGUAUUUUACUGUAGAAAAUUGCUGCAGCCAUAUAGGGCAAUACAUUUCAGGGUAAUGUAUUUUUUAGUGUAAGAAAGCCAAAGAUGUAGAAGAUUGGAUUCGAAUCAUCUUGUAUAAGUCUACACUUUGUAUAGUUCGUUAUAAAACACUAAAAAAAACAAGAAAAAAAUCAUUGUUUAAUUUAUUGUUAAAAUGUUUCUCAGAGCUUUUAUAGGCCUGAUGUUGAUUAUAUAAGCUGAAUUAUAUAUAUAUAUAUAUAUAUAUAAACUGUUUUUCUGUCAUUUGUUGAUUGAAAGAAACGUAGGAGUACUAAAAGUAAUGUUGGAAAGUUGAAAAAAAAAAUUGAUUUUUUUAAAAAAAAGCCGAAUUAAUUAUUUUAAAAUCAGUUAUAAUUUUAAAAUUUUAAGGGUUUAAACUCCCUAAUUGUUAAAUCAGUUAGAAAGUUAUGGAAAAAAUUUGAAAGUGGCAAAAUAUAUUGAUGAAUUGUUGAUGAAUUGUUAUUGAUGAAUUGUUGAUGUUUAACUAAUACGAGAGAAAAUCAAAAAAAUUAAGCAAUUUUUUUAGAAAAAAAAAAAGAAGUUAUAAACUGUUAAAAUAUUUAAAUAAAAAUUCUACGAUAUUGUUAGGAUUUUAGUAUAAAUAAAUGUAGAAUUUAAAUCAAAAUGCUGUUUGUUAUCUUGUUAUUUAUCUGAUAUUUUGUCACUUUCUAAAUAUUUAAGAAAAUAUAUUUCUAUCUUUGCUACAUGCGAAAUUUUUACUAGAGUAUAUUAUAUACAUAUAUAUAUGUUAAAAAAAUAUAUAUAUAUAUAUGAGCCUUUUAGUUCUCCAUUUCACCGACAGGUGGCGUUAGCAGGCAACGAAUGGCCGUCCAUUGAGUCAAAGCUAAGUGAUUUGUACAAGUAUUGUUCACUAUUUUCUUUGAUGUAGAAUAACAUUUCUG